AAUCCCUGUAGAUCCGGAAAAGAUCUGGCUCUGGAAUUGAAGCUUGGGCUGAGAACUGUGUAUGCUGACUGUAUCUUCAGCUCACUCUAACUCUUACCGAGGUGCUAAAGUCACUCAAGACUACUGGCCAAUCAGAGUUCACUGGACCUGCCAAUCAGAAGAGAAGGCGGGCUUUUCCGGGUGCCUUGUUGCAGGAUUCCCUUAGUAGCUAAGCAGUUUUAAAUGGUCCUGGCUGUUUUGCUCUUUGUCCUGCCUUUGGAUUCUGUGAGGCAUGCUCAGGCAAGCUCCAAAGUUGCGACAUGGAUGCAUUGACCUAUGAUGAUGUACAUGUAAACUUCACUCGAGAAGAAUGGGGUUUGCUGGAUCCUUCACAGAAGAGUCUCUACAAAGAUGUGAUGCAGGAGACCUACAGGAAUCUCACUGCUAUAGGUUACAAUUGGGAAGACCAUACUAUUGAAGAACAUUGUCAAAGUUUCAGAAGACAUGGAAGGCAUGAAAGAUGUCAUACUGGAGAGAAACCCUCUGAAAAUACUCAGUGUGGUAAAGCCUUUGCACAACAUAGUCAUCUCCAAAGACAUAAAAGUACACAUACUGGAGAGAAACUCUAUGAAUGUAAGCCACGUGAUAAAGCCUUUACAUACGAUUCUCAGCUUCAAAAUCUUGAAAGAAUUCAUACUGGAGAAAAACCCUACAAAUGUAAUCAAUGUGGUAAAGGCUUUAUACGUUGUAGUCAUCUCCAAGUACAUAAAAGAAUACAUACUGGAGAGAAGCCUUAUGUAUGUGAUCGGUGUGGUAAAGCCUUUGCAUAUCAUAGUUAUCUCCAAGUACAUAAAAGAAUACAUACUGGAGAGAAGCCCUAUGAAUGUAAUCAAUGUGGUAAAGCCUUUGGACUUCACAGUACUCUUAAAACACAUGAAAGAAUUCAUACUGGAGAGAAACCCUACAAAUGCAAUCAAUGUGGUAAAGCCUUUGCACGACCCAGUCAUCUCCAAAGGCAUGGAAUAACACAUACUGGAGAGAAACCUUACGAAUGUGAACAAUGUGGUAAAGCCUUUAUACGUUGUAGUCAUCUCCAAGUACAUAAAAGAGGACAUACUGGAGAGAAGCCCUAUGAAUGUAAUCAAUGUGGUAAAGCCUUUGUACUUCACAGUACUCUUAAAACACAUGAAAGAAUUCAUACUGGAGAGAAACCCUACAAAUGCAAUCAAUGUGGUAAAGCCUUUGCACGACCCAGUCAUCUCCAAAGGCAUGGAAUAACACAUACUGGAGAGAAAUCUUACGAAUGUGAACUAUGUGGUAAAGCCUUUAUAAGUUGUAGUUCUCUCCAAGUACAUAAAAGAAUACAUACUGGAGAGAAACCCUAUGAAUGUGAUCAAUGUGGUAAAGCCUUUAUACGUUGUAGUCAUCUCCAAGUACAUAAAAGAGGACAUACUGGAGAGAAGCCCUAUGAAUGUAAUCAAUGUGGUAAAGCCUUUGUACUUCACAAUGCUCUUAAAAGACAUGAAAGAAUUCAUACCGGAGAGAAACCCUACAAAUGCAAUCAGUGUGGUAAAGCCUUUGCACGAACCACUCAUCUCAAAAGGCAUGGAAUAACACACACUGGAGAGAAAACUUACGAAUGUGAUCAAUGUGGUAAAGCCUUUACAUCUCAUAGUUAUCUCCAAGUACAUAAAAGAAUACAUACUGGAGAGAAGCUCUAUGAAUGUGAUCAAUGUGGUAAAGCCUUUGCAUAUCAAAGUUAUCUCCAAGUACAUAAAAGAAUACAUACUGGAGAGAAGCCCUAUGUAUGUGAUCAAUGUGGUAAAGCCUUUGCAUAUCAAAGUUAUCUCCAAGUACAUAAAAGAAUACAUACUGGAGAGAAGCUCUAUGAAUGUGAUCAAUGUGGUAAAGCCUUUACAUCUCAUAGUUAUCUCCAAGUACAUAAAAGAAUUCAUACUGGAGAGAAACCUUACAAAUGUAAUGAAUGUGGUAAAGCCUUUGUAUGUAAUGCUAGUCUCCGAAAACAUAAAGCAACACAUACUACAGUGAAACCUUAUGAAUGUAAGUAAUUUAGUAAAUUCUUUGCCUCUCAUGAUCAACUUUGACAACAUGAAAGAAUUCAUACCGGAAAGAAACCUUACGAAUGUAGUCAGUAUGGUAAAGCAUUUUCACAAUCAAGCCACCUCCAACUACAUAAAAGAACACAUACAUACUAAAGAGUAACCCUAUGAAUGUAACCAAUGUAGUAAAGCCUUUACUGUGAUCUUCAAAGUUAUGGUGGUUAAAAUAUACUUGGCCCUUGGCAAGUGGCAGUGUUAGGAGGUAUGGCCUUUUUGGAGUAGAUGUGGCCUUUGAGGAUGUAUGUCACUGUGGAGGGGGCAUGGGCUUUCAGACCCCAUGCUUAAACUCUGCCCAGGGCAGAAGAGUCUUCUGGCUGCCUUCUGAUCAAGAUGUAGAACUCUCUCCUCCAGCACCAUGUCUGCUUGGACACUGACAUUCCUUCCACCUUGAUAAUAGACUGAACCUCUGAAUCUGUAUACCUCUCCUCCCCACAAUUAAAUGUCCUUCCUAAGA